UUUUAUAAUUUUUUUUGUGCAUUGCGUUAUGAAGUAGCCAAUCAAACUUUUGUGGAUGCUUACAUUACAACGCGACAUGUUUCUAUCUACAUCUUGCUCUCAUCAAAAAGUUCUGUCAGAUAACCUAUUUUCUCAAUUCCUACCUAAUAAUGUUUAUAAAUAUACGAACUUGACAUCUUUCAUGUAAUAUUCGAUUGGUUCGUCGUUGUCGUCAAAUUAUGUAGAGAUGCGUUUACGACAAGUCAUAUUCUUAUAAUGCGCUCCUAAACCAUAGUUUAAUUGUAAUAUAUUGUAAUUUAUUGCGUGAAGUGAAAUUCCUUUUGAAAAAUGACAACUGGCCAAAGUGGACACGAUCAUUCACUCGCAAUCCGACAAGAAAUACAACGAUUCGAAAGUGUACAUCCGUCGAUUUAUGCUAUUUAUGAUCUUAUAGAUCUUAUCUCAGAUUCACAUAUUUCAAAGCAAAUUCGAGAACAUGUUGUGGCUAUUGAAGAUUCAUUUGUUAAUAGUCAUGAAUGGACAUUGGCCAGAGAUGUACCUGAACUACAUUUGGGUAUUAUUGGCUCAUCUGAUUCAGGAAAGUCAGCAUUGGUACAUAGGUAUCUUACAGGAUCUUUCAUGCAUGAAGAAUCACCCGAGGGUGGCAGGUUUAAAAAAGAAAUUUUUAUCAAUGACCAGAGCUAUUUGCUCUUAAUCAGAGACGAGGGUGGUGUGCCAGAAUCUCAGUUUUCUUCGUGGAUAGAUGCGGUAUUACUUGUAUUUAGCUUGGAAAGUGAGGAAAGUUUUUCAAUGGUAUGCAGUUAUUACAACAGAAUGUCUUCAUUCCGGAACAUGUCUGAAGUACCAAAAAUACUAGUAGGAGUACAAGAUUCAAUUAACGACAACAAUCCUCGGGUGAUAAAAGAUAUUAGGCCACGGAAAUUAUCUAGUGACUUAAGAUGUCCUUAUUACGAGACAUGUGCCAUUUAUGGAUUAAAUGUCGAGAGAGUUUUUCAAGAUGUAUGUCAGAAGAUUAUUCAAAAAAUAUCCAUGAAUAAUCCUAGAUACAAUGGGCAACGUUUGCAGGAAGAUGAAACAAAAUACUCAGUGCCUGUGAUUACAAAGAAUGUACAGCUGCCUACCAAAGAUGUGGAGACCAGUAGUCCAUCUUUGAAAAUUACUAAAAGUUCCGAAUUCCAGAUGCCAGACAAAGAAGAUGAUGUUAGUCGUUCAGCACAUGAUAAUCUUGUUCAACCUGAUACACCAGUGGCUAAUGAUAGUUUUCAAUAUAUACAAAAUCAACAUGGAGAAUUGCGUUCGUCAAUCUUGACGCCUACGACUAUAAGAAAGUUUCGAAGGAAAUCAAAUAUAUUUACGCCAUCGAAGAAAGAAAAGUAUAAUAUGGGCGAAAUGGGCGUUGGCAGAGAAAUUCCUGUUAAACAAGGAUACUUAUUCAAAAGAAGUAGCAAGUCUUUAAAGGAGUGGAAAAAGAAGUAUGUCACGUUGUUGGAAGAUGGCAGAUUGACGUAUCAUUCGAGCAUGCAUGAUUACAUGAACGAAGCUAAUGGGAAAGAAAUAUUACUUCAAUACGUGACCGUUAAAGUGCCUGGAAAGACUCCUAAAGGAUCCAAAUCAACUGUUGCUCAAGAGGAUAGCUUUGAGUUUUCCAUAAUUUCAUUAGAAAACAAAACGUGGCAUUUUGAAGCAAAUAGUGCGGAGGACAGGGAUAGCUGGAUUACCGCCAUCGAGCAGCAAAUUUUGUCUAGUCUACAAAAUAGUGAUGGCGGUGACAAAAAAAACGAGACUGAUGCUUUCAAAAUGCAUUGUAUAAAAAAUAAAAUUUCGGGAAAUGAUGCGUGCGUUGAUUGCGGCACUCCUAAUCCAGAUUGGGCAAGUCUCAAUAUAGGUGUUUUAAUGUGUAUUGAAUGUUCUGGAAUUCAUCGGAAUUUAGGUUCGCACAUAUCGAAAGUCAGAUCAUUGGAUUUGGAUGAUUGGUCUGCUGGACAGUUGAGCGUAAUGCUGGCCCUCGGUAAUGACAUAGCGAACAGUUUCUGGGAAUACUGUCUAAACGGAAAGCAAAAGCCAACGUCUGAUUCGCCCAGAGAAGAAAAAGAACAAUGGAUAAGAUGGAAAUACGAGGAGAAAGUAUUUCUGCCCCCAAUCAGUCCGAACAUUCCUGUAGGAAAGUUGCUUAUCGAUUCAAUUUGCCGGGGCGAUAUGAGAGCGUUCACGUUGUACCUGGCGAAAUGUAGUUACGAGGACAUCAACAUGUCCGUGAGCGAGCAGGAUUUGAGAACGCCCCUUCAUCUUGCUUGCGCGACAGGAAACUUGGCAAUGGCACAGCUUCUCAUAUGGUACAAAGCGAAUCCACAGAAUUUGGACCACGAGGGACGAACAUGCAUGUCAUACGUGAAGGCGCUUGAGAAGAAACUUAAUAAUUCAUCGGACUCGCUAGAAAUGCAGAAACUCUUGGAAGUAUUGGAACAGGCGACCAUGUCUGGCGUGGAGGAAACGGAAACAGUCCAGUAUUAAAACUUAAGAGUGUCGUUUUCACGGAUGAAAAUUUGGACUUUUAAUAUUCUAUUUUAUAUUAUUUUUUAUUUUCUCCCUUGUCUUUUUUUUCUUCUUGAAUACACAUAUUGUUAUUAUUAUGUACUUAUCUUGCACGAGAAGACGUUAAAUGAAUUAAUCAGUGCGUAUGUAAUGUUGACACGUGAGGAUUUGACUGCGAGAGAGAAAUGAAUUGCGUUAUUCGGCCACAGUGAUCAGUCAAUAAUCUGAAGACACGAGGAUUCGAGAUAAAUCUCGCAGUGCACUUCUGGUAUCGAUCGUUUAAUUGUAGAUAUAACGUUUUGUUAAUUCCGGUAGCCAUUAUCUUUCUGCCUUUGUAAGGUGAAUACUAAUUCCCGCUGUUAAUCUUA